AUGCGACUUGGAUAUUGUAAUAGAUUAGAGAUGCAAGCAUUGAUUAGUGUAUUUGAUAAGAAAGGAGUGGUUGAAUUUGCCAAGGUAUUAGCAUCUAAAGGAUUCAAUGUUAUUUCGACAGGAGGAACAUUCAAGAGUUUGCAAGAGAGUGGUAUGAAGGUGACUGCCGUGCAAGAUGUUACCAAGUUUCCAGAGAUUCUAGGUGGUCGUGUCAAGACGUUGCAUCCAAGCAUUCACGGUGCGUUGCUAGCUCGUCCAGACCAACCAUCGCACGUUGAAGACUUGACUCGUCACCAGAUUGCUCGUAUUGGUUUGGUUGCUGUCAACUUGUAUCCAUUUGUAGAGACCGUGUCACGUGCCGACACAACGUUGGAAGAGGCAUUGGAGAAUAUUGAUAUUGGUGGACAUACUUUGAUCCGUGCCGCAUCCAAAAACUUUGAACACGUUGUUAUUGUGGUCGACCCAACCGACUACCAAUGGAUUGCACAACGUCUCGAAGGUGGUGGAGGACUCGAGAGCAUCACUCUGGGAGAACGUAAGAAAUUGGCACUCAAAGCAUUCAAGCAUGCUUGUGCAUACGACUCGGCUGUUGCUAAUUACUUGGAGUUUGGGUCGACCCCAGCUGGAGUCGAGACAACGCAAUUCCCAGAGGUUCUGCAUCCAGUGUUUGAAAAGAAGCAGAGUUUGCGAUACGGAGAGAACCCACAUCAAAAGGCUGCACUAUACCAAAUGGUCGGUAGCAAGAUGGGCGGUGUUGCCAGCGGUGAAAAGUUGCAUGGACCAGACCUCUCGUACAACAAUUUGCUCGACGGUGACGCUGCGCUGCGUGUGAUCCGUGAGUUUGGCGACACUGCCUGCUGUGUCAUUAAACACACCAAUCCCUGCGGUCUGGCCGUUCACAGCGACCAAGCUGAAGCAUACCGUCGCGCAUUUGCCGGCGACAGCAAGAGUGCAUACGGCGGUAUCCUCGGAUUCAACCGCACGCUCACCGAAGCUGCUGCACUCGCUUUAAAGGGUGUAUUCUACGAGUUGAUCAUCGCUCCAGACUAUGAGGAGGGAGCACUCAAGAUCUUGCGUGCCAAGGAGAAGCUCCGUGUCCUCAAAGUGCCCGAAGCUGGCACACAACAGGCAUUUGACACACCAGACAUCCGUACCAUCGGCGGUGGUCUGCUCCUCCAACAACCCAACCCCAUCAUCCUCGGCAGUGUCGACGAGGCCACCAAGUCGUGGAAGGUCGUCACCAAGAUCGCCCCUACCAAGGAGCAAAUGGCCGAUCUCCUCUUUGCCUGGCGUGUAUCCAAGCAUGUCAAGUCCAACGCCAUCGUCGUCUCCAAGGACCAACAAAUCGUAGCCAUCGGUGCCGGUCAACCCAACCGUAUCCAAUCACUCAACAUCUGCCGCCGUGUGGGUGGCGACAAGGUUGCAGGUAGUGUACUUGCUUCCGAUGCCUUCUUCCCAUUCGCCGACAGUAUCGAUGCCGCUCAAGAGGCUGGCAUCGGUUGCAUCGUCCAACCAGGUGGCAGUAUCCGUGAUCAAGAGGUCAUUGACGCUGCCGACAAGUUUGGUAUUCCAAUGGUUUUCACUGGCAAUAGAAACUUUUUACAUUAA